ACUCACUAUUUGUAUAUGUUCACAGAACAGAAGAAGAAGAAUAGAGGUACGCGGUUCCCACGACAGUCGGUCCUUCGUAACCGGAACGACCAGGAUUUAUAUCCGGCCAAGGACAGUCACUUCAUCAUAAUUCCUGGUAUAUGUAUGGGGAAUGUUUAUGAUGCUACAACAACAACAAUAGUGGUACGGUGCACUAGACAGGGUCUCUUUGGACGCAACCUGUAGGAACAGCACUUUCCUGGGCCUACCGUUAGAUGAAGAUGACCGGUUACCACAUUGCACUAACAGGGUUUUUGCUACAACAACAACAACGAUUGGCUUUUAUUCAUACAGUCUCAAAAUUGGCAUUAGCUUUUCCAUUUCCUUUUUGUCAUUAACGGUUUUUUACCACAUCACUAGUUUUACAAGACUGCUAUAAAUUAAGAAAAAUUUAUUUACCAAAUUUUUCUGGUAACAUCAUUGAGCGUCUCACUCUCUUUUGAGUUAUGCGAGCCUUGAAAGAAAAGUAUGUGUAUGCAUGCAUGUGUGCACCUGUGUAGGCUACGGAAUGACUGCCAAGUGCCUUUUAAAUUUGAAAAUUGUUUCGUUUUCGUUUUGCGAAUUGUUUUGAUUAACUAAUUAAAAUAAAAAAACCGUGCUUUUAGAGAAUUAUGUUCGGAUUAAUUCGUCCGACAUUUAGCCGAGAUCGCUGUCGCAGCUUGUUCGCGAUGGCUGUGAGAUUAACUGCUAGUGCCACCAGUGGAACUAGCAAAGGAUCUGGGUCGUGCGGCCCAAGUCCAGGACCGUCCAAGAAACCCAAUCCUGGUUUGGAGAAAAUCAGAAAAAUGCAAGAACAUUUCCAAAAAGAUGAUGGCAAGCCGAUACAUUUGAAAGGCGGUAGCAAAGAUUUGAUGCUGUAUCGUGCCACCUGGGCUUUGGCGCUACUCGGAUUACUGCUGCAAAUUCAUUUGUUUGCAAUGUAUAUAAUUUAUUGACAUUUGUAUAUUUUUUUUUGUAAACAUUUGCUUAUUUGAAA